AUGCCGUGUGAACCCCAGAAAUCGUGCGAAGGCUGUUCCUGCGACGCGGGGACUAGUCGGCCCCCGGUGAACAUCGAGGACUGCGAAUCCGAGCUACUGGCGCUUCGAAAGCGCACCGCUGAGCUCGAAAAGGCCUUGAAAACCGCCAAAGAUGGCUCCUCCGGUCCCCGCGCCGCCCGGAAGGGGCGCAAACUGCGCUCGUCCAAUUGGUUUACUUGCGAAAGUAAUCCCGCCAUGAUGGCCCUGUACAUCGAGCGGUAUCUCAACUACGGCAUCACUCGGGAGGAGUUGAUGGCCGGCAAGCCGAUUAUAGGUAUCGCGCAGUCCGGAUCGGACUUGUCGCCGUGCAAUCGUCAUCACCUGGAGCUGGUGAAGCGGGUUCGGGAAGGUAUCCGAAUGGCGGGCGGCAUUGCCUUUGAGUUCCCAACGCAUCCCAUCCAGGAGAGUAGUAGGAGGCCUACCGCCUGUAUCGAUCGCAAUCUGUCCUACCUGGGUCUGGUGGAGGUGCUCUAUGGAUAUCCCUUGGAUGGCGUGGUUCUGCUGACCGGUUGCGACAAAACCACUCCCGCCGCGUUGAUGGCUGCUGCCACGGUGAAUAUCCCUGCCAUAUGUCUGAACGUGGGUCCUAUGCUCAAUGGGUAUGUGAAGAAUGAGCUUGCAGGAUCGGGGAUGGUAGUCUGGAAGGGCCGAGAGAUGUAUGCUGCCGGGGAGAUCAACCAAGAGGAGUUCAUUGACUACGUGUCUAGAGGGGCCCCCUCCGUGGGACAUUGCAACACCAUGGGAACGGCAUCGACCAUGAAUGCGCUAGCAGAGGCACUAGGCAUGGCCCUGCCAGGCUCGGCGGCCAUCCCUGCUCCUUACAGAGAACGCGGCCAGUGUGCUUAUGAAACCGGCCUGCAGAUCGUUGAGAUGGUGCACGCGGAUCGCAAACCGAGCGACAUCAUGACUCGCGCGGCUUUUGAGAACGUCAUCACCACCAAUACGGCUAUUGGGGGAAGCACGAAUGCCCCCAUCCACAUCAACGCCAUUGCCAAGCAUAUUGGGGUGGACGUCUCUCUGGAUGACUGGGACCAGCUCGGAUUUCACAUUCCGCUUCUUCUCAACAUGCAACCGGCUGGAGAGCUAUUAGGAGAGGAGUAUUUCCGGGCCGGUGGUUUACCAGCCAUCAUGGCGGAGUUGCUGGACGCCGGGAAACUGAACCCUGACGCAUUGACCUGCAAUGGCCACACGAUAGCAGAAAACGUCCGAGGAAAGCAUACCUGGGAUCGCCGGAUGAUUCGCGCAUAUAAUAAACCCCUUCUGGAGGAUGCAGGCUUUCUGCACCUCCAAGGGACUUUGUUCAAUUCCGCCAUCAUGAAAACCUGUGUGAUUUCCGAGCAAUUCCGACAAAAGUUCUUGGAAAACCCCGACGAUCCGAUGGCGUUCGAAGGCGUCGUCGUCGUGUUUGACGGACCAGAGGAUUACCAUCAUCGUCUCGAAGACCCGUCCACGCCCAUCGACGACCGCAGCAUCUUGGUGAUGCGCGGUGCUGGUCCGUUGGGAUACCCCGGAGCCGCAGAGGUGGUGAACAUGCACCCGCCCGGACGUCUCCUACGGGAGGGGGUCAAGUCCCUCCCGUGCAUUGGAGACGGUCGACAGUCGGGCACGUCCGGAUCUCCGUCGAUUUUAAACGCCAGCCCGGAAGCCGCGGCGGGAGGCAACUUGGGGCUUCUGCGUGACGGCGACAAACUCCGAGUUGAUCUCAACCGACGUCGUGUCGACAUCUUGGUUCCCGCCGAGGAGAUCGAGAAGCGACGUUUAGCGCUCGAAGCUACCGGUGGGUACGCUGCUCCGGAGAGUCACACCCCAUGGCAGGAGCUGUUCCGGAGGGAGACGACGCAACUGAGCGAGGGAAUGGUGCUGCGGGAUGCAGUCAAGUUCCAACGCCUGGCGCAGAAGUAUGACGAGCCCAGGCACAACCAUUAA